AUGGCCGAUCUCAAGCAGGACAAGAACGCCAUGGCACGCACGCUUGGUGCAGCUUUCCUGAACCAUCAAGUUGAAGAACUAUCCAAGAAGACGCAAGCUGCUGACCAACAGCUAUGGCCGAGAGAACGACGUGGGUCUCGUGGAGGCGGACCAAGGAUACCUCAGCGCAAUGCGAGACAGCCGCGGAAUGAUGAGUACAACAAGGGGACUCGUAAUACUGAUGGGGAGCACAGCUGUGAACGUGAGGACAGGCCGGCGGGGAAGAAGGAUGCGAACGUCGUUGUUGUGGAUGCUAGUGUCCUUGUUCAUGCACUUGGCCAGCUUAAAGCUUGGUGUCGGAAUGGUAGGGAAGAGGUUAUCAUCGUCCCGCUCGAGGCUCUAAAUACAUUAGACCUCCUUAAGAAAGGAACAAGCCCCCUCGCACAUCGCGCCCGCGCUGCAUCUCGUAUUCUCGAACAACAAGUCGGCACAAACCCGCGCAUCAAAGUUCAGCGUGAUGAGGCCUACGUUCUGUGGGAUAAUAUUCCCUUCGCUCAAGACGAACAAGCAAACGACGAAGCGACGUCGCCUGGUCCACCCGAAUGGCUUCGCAGAACAAUCUCAUGCGCACGAUGGGAGUUCGAUCACGCCGAACAACCAGCCGCGGAGGGCGGGGGAGAUAACGAUAAUAUUGUCGUCCAUCCACCCAUGACAGUUGCCGUCUGUCUCGAAACCGCAACAAUCCCGGUUCCGGAUACCUCUCCUGCAGCGGUGAACUCGCCAGUCCCAUUACCCCCUCCGCAGGCUUCCAAAUAUGAACAGCGGUGUUCGGGCGCCUUGGUGGCUCACUGGGCAAAGCAGGCUGGUAUGCAUGUUCUAGAAUGCAAAGCAACGCCUCUUCCACAGCCUCCCUCCAACGCUAGGCACGCACGUGUGCCAUCAGACGAAGACUGGCGGAUGAGCAGCCCGCCGCGGAACAAUAACAACGCUUCCUCGCGUCCCAAACCUGGAAGUGUCAGGAUGAAGGGCCCAGGUCCAAUUGUUGAGAAACCGAAUGUUUAUGGUCCCGGGCGUGGUGGUGGAGCGUUAGUUGAACGACCUGCUGCGACGAUGGCGAUGAAUGCGAGUAUGAUGCAGAUGAGCAAACCUAUUCGUGUACUCGCUCGAGGCGAGAAGUUGGAGCCUUAG